CAUUUCUUUUUCUUGUGCACCCCCGAAGAAAGACUCCAUCCAACAAUUGACAUCUUCGCUUCUCCAUUUUUUCUUUGUUCCUGUCAACUAUCUCCCAUCAGAAUCACACUAUAAAAUGGAAUCAAAAUCCGUAAAAAUGGCAGAAAUCAGCGGAAAUUGACAACAACAAUCAGAAGAAUAAGUGAGAGAAUAAUGGAGGGAGAAUCAUUAGUAUCAAAGGCAAGGACAGCCUUUCAUUCUGCUGCUGCUAAAGCGGAGAAAGUUUUCAUUGAUUUCAAAUCCGAUCUUCGAGAUUCAGAUGAGCAGUGUAGGAAGAGUUCUGAUUCUGCAUUUGAUGCUGUAUCCCCUUCUGAAGCUGAAAAAAAGGAUAUCAAUGAACCAAAGCAAUUUCGAUGGAAGCCGCCUAGUAUAGGGACAAAGCAGGAAUGGCAUGACAGAUUAAGAAAUAUUGGAAGAAGUAGAAAGGGAACUGAAGACACGGAGAAUAUUGAGAGUGUAAAGAUGCCAUUUCCUAUGUAUGAUUCGCAUUUAUAUUUGCAACAUGAAAGAUAUGUUGCAGAAGCUACGGGUUUUGAGACAUCUUCAGCAGCUGCUGAUAGUUCUGAGGCCAGAGAUAUUAUCCCACCUGCAUCUGUGUUGAAGCAAUUGGCUGUUGCCAUUGAAUCAGAGAAGAACUACAAGUCGGUAAAAGAUUUUUUAACAUCAUCUGCAAGCUCUUCCCCUGUCCGAGAAAGAGCAAGCUUGGGCAUCUCUGCGGUGAAGUCCCUAGUGCUCCGGGGAAAGGAAGAAAAAGUUUCUUCUGAGCUAUGUGAUGAUGAGGCUUGGGCUUUCAUUCAGUCUAUACUUGAUGAUGCUGAGGGACUUACUCUUGGUAGAAAAGUCGGCUUUAGCGUUGAAAGUCUACCUAGCUCAGUGACUUUACCGAGGGAUGUUCAUGGUGCACCAUUACAAAGCUUAAUUGUUAAACUUUCUGAAGUCUUGGGAAGCUUUAAAACACUGCGGAAGAUCGCAUUAUUUUGGUGCAGGCUUAUUGCUGAACUCAGAAGACUUUGGUUGGAAGAGCAAUAUAUACCUGGGAUUCCUGUUGAUGAUGUACCAGAAUUGAGUUACUGCCUACUCUAUCAGCAGAUGCAACUUAUGAAUUGCUGUCUUUCUAGGAAAAAACGCCGUGCUAUUGCUACUGAAUCAUUGGAAUCAUUAAUUAAUGAAGUUGAAUGUGAUGCUGAAGGCGUGCCUUCCUCAGUUGAAAAAAUAACUUCAGGUUCUUUUCUGUAUGCAAAAACAAGCACUGGGGAUCUUGUCGUACGAUUAGGAGUCAGUCACCAGGUUGACAGUUUGACACUGUUGGAAACUGGAGAGCCUGUCUAUGCUCCCCUGACACAGGAAGGACCAUUGCUGACAGAGGAUCUUGCCCGGGAAACAGAAGAGUUUGUGCUUCGAACAGGAAGUGUCGGAGCUGGUUGUUCCCAGCUUCUGUCCGAUAUGCAAGCUUUCAAGGCUGCAAAUCCUGGAUGUAUUCUUGAGGACUUCGUCCGAUGGCACUCUCCUCCUGACUGGAACGAGUCUGGCCAUGACUCUGAUGCAAGUACAUACGGAGAAGAUUCUACAUCUUCUAGAGGUCGAUUAAGUAGACGUAUGCAGAAAGAAGGUAAUUUAUGGCUAGAACUCUGGGAAACUGCCAAGCCUGUGCCUGCGGUCAGACAAGCACCGCUGUUUGAUGAAGAUUUGGCGGUAGAAGGCGUGCUGACAGCAUUAGAAGACAUUACUCCUUCGCAGCUAUUUAACCAGCUAUUUAAGUCAUUGCUUGGAUUGGGAUUUGCGAUUGCUGAGUCUAAGCUUCCUACUGAUGAGAAUGUUGCGAAACUGUUCUACAAGUGUAAAGAUUUUGUAGUUGCCUCUUGUCAAGGUGAGGUCUGGUUGGAGAAAAUUGAUGAUAUUUGCCAGGUUUACGAAACAGUCGAAGCAAUGUUUGUACGACCAGACGAUGUAAUGAAAGCAGUGAGGCAGCCGGACGAUGCAAAUGCCACCCAGGAGGAGCCAAAAUCUCGAUUUAAGAAACUAAGCCAAGUAUUUGGCCGCAAGAAUAAGUCAAGAAAAUCAUCCUCGGAGGAGAACAAUAGCUCGGAGGACUCUCCCAACCGUCAGCCAUUUGCCAACUUUUUCGAUAGCAGAGCAUCCAUGUUCGGAAAGAAACCUCCCAAGCCCGAGUACACACAAUCGCCAACCAAGUCGUCUGUUCCAGACGAAAACGAUUGGACAAUAGUUUGAUUGUACGAAGGCUCAAUUAAUUUUACCGUCAAUUGUAAAUUAGAUAGAAUUAUUAGUCCGUCCACAUUGAUGAAUUAAUGAAAUUGUAAAUUAGAGCAUUACAGAAGUGGAAAGAAUUUUUAGAAUUCAAGAAAUGAAUUACAUUUUUUGUUCCUUAUGUUUAUUUUUCUGAAUCUUUGAAGUUGUACAGAAUCUCUUAAUUAUCUUUAUUUAUAGCUCUAAUCUCCAUUUAUUAGGGGAGUUGUAAAA